AUGGACGAGUUUUUCCAAAAGAACACUCUGCCAGAGACCAUCUUCCCAAAACUCUUAAUAAAGCACAGUGAGGAAGUGAGAAGCAGCCCAGAGUCAGAAGUGCUGUACUACAAGCAAGCUCACGAAGUUUACAUGUACGAGUUUUUCAAGCACUGCAAACUGGACUGUGCAAGCGAGAUUGAAGUCAACAAUGUUAAGGGCAUUGCCAUGUCGCCCAUCAGACUUGGAAGUUUCUCGACAAGCGACAGUGUAAAUGAAGACCACUUCUUCAAGAUGCUGGUCAAGGCGCCCGUGCCGUUUGUUUAUAUUCCACAUGGAAACGUUGCUGCAUCUUUGAAGGUUUGUAGCGGGGCUUGCAGCUUUAGGGAGUCGGAGGCAGAGGGCAUUCUGAUGGACCUUGGAUUUGCAUGCGAGCUGGGAAUUGACUUCUUGGCUACCGACUUUCUUCUUAAAAGUGAGGUGUAUUGUGUAUAUGUGGGUGUGGUGCAUUAUUGCUAG